AUGCUUCCCGCUCGACAUUUACAACGAUUCCAUCGAUUCCAAGAACAGCCAUUAAUGGCAUCACAAGGAAUGCAGCCACAUAAAUCGAAAAUGCUUAUUUUCUCGACUCUGUUUUUGAUUAUCAACUUGAACACACUGCUAACAGAUGCAUCUCCAAUGGGAUGGGACUUUGCCAUCGCGUUGCGCGAUAAGAUUGUGUUUCUGAACAGCACAUGGGGCGAGAUCCAUGCAUCGGCACAUCGUUUCGAGGAUCUCUCGGCAUUGGCAUUCGACGAGGCCGAGGAAAUGAUCUACUUCAGCGAUCAGACGCAUCAAAACGGAAGCAUAUUUGCACUGAGACGCGAUGACUCAACGCCCAUUGUGGUGCAGCGGACAGGGAAUGAUUCGGUUGAGGGACUCGCCUACGAUCCACUCAAUCGUAAUCUGUUUUGGGCCGAUAUGCGUCAGCAGAAGAUCUUCUUUUCCAGCGUCGAUACACUAGCCACAGAGUUGCCAAAAGUGCUGGUGGAUCUCAGCGGGGAGGGCGGUCAACCAGAUGGAAUUGCCGUGGAUAUUUGUCGCCGUCAGCUCUACUGGACGAACGGAAAUAUCAAGAGUGCCAGUGUGGAACGUAUUGGUUUGGAUGGCAAGGGCAGGCAAACGAUCAUCAGUGCAGACAUUGAUAUGCCUCGGGGUAUUGUUGUGGAUCAGCUGUCGGAUCGCAUCUUUUGGGUUGACAACAAGGUGGGCAUAUUCUUUGCCAUCGAAAGUGCUCGACUCGAUGGCAGCGAUCGCCAGGUGGUCGUCAAAGGUAAACAUCAGGAUCCCAAGCAUCUGGCCAUCAACGAGGAUGCCAUCUACUGGACAGACAGAAUGGACAAGGCGGUCUGGAGCUAUCCCAAGCCCACAUACUCACAGGAAGUGACAAAUGUAACGCAAGCAGAGCCAGAACUGGCGAAACCCUUCAGCAAGGAGAAGGCAUAUGGAAUUGUGACACGCACCGGUUUCUAUCAGCGCCUACAGAAGGAUGCCCAUUGUGCCAGCAUAGUGAAGAAGGUCAAACAACAGCUGAACACCCGAUUGAACAACCGGACGCACAUACGCAGUGCCGAAGGCGACCGGAUCAGCCAACUGGAGCGGGAGCAUUGCCUGAACGGUGCCAGUUUCAUGAGCAGGGGCGAGUUCUGCAUCUGCCCGGUGGGCUUUAAGGGUGCACGCUGUGAGAUCUCCGAGUGUCAUAAUUAUUGUGUGCACGGCACCUGUGAAAUCUCCGAUGCCGGCUUCCCCAAGUGCUACUGUCAAGCCGAAUUCUAUGGCGAACGUUGCGAGUACCACAAGUGCAAUGGCCACUGCCUCAAUUCGGGUCACUGUAGCAUGGACAAGGAGAGCGACGCAAUGCGUUGCGAGUGUCGCCCCAAUUUUGGUGGUGAACGCUGCGAACACAAUCUGACGGAACAGUGCGCCAUCUACUGCCAACAUCCGGAGACGCAGUUGCCAGUCAGUUGCUUGGAUUUCUGCGAGGAGUGGAGCAACAGCAAUGACACCGCCACCAUAACCGAAUACCAAACGGCGGGUCAAUGUGGCCCAGCGCCACCGGUGCAGGGUCCAUUGAUCAUUGUGAUCGUGCUGGGUCUGGUGACCACAUCGGGAUUGGUGGCGUUGACGGUGCAUGGCGUACGUCUGAUCUACAAGCCAAAGCGGCCACGCAUCAAAAAGACAUUUGUGGUGCGCAAACAGGCGCGUCUCAAUUCCUCAAGUGAUACACCCUUGACCAAUCGCCCGCUGACCACCGAGCAGUGCGAGAUUACGAUAGAGAACUGUUGCAACAUGAAUAUUUGUGAAACGCCGUGCUUUGAUCCCAAGCUGGUGGAGCAAACAUUCUCGUCACGCGAUCGGAAGGCGCCGUGUGUCAAGGAGGACAAAAAGAUACUGAUACACAGCAUGGAAGACAAUCUGUUGUCCUAGGCGGAGACACCCACACACAUAUGAGUAAUUUGCCAUCCUCAUUCGUCAUCGUUGUCGUUGAGCACGGAUCUGUUGGCAUUCGAGCUUGGAAAGAGCUGCUGUCGCCGCCCCGGCUCAACGCAACGGUUGCUGGUGUUUUAGCCAAAGCUUAUGCAACCUACUAGCUGAAUUCAUCCUACCCCCCUCGUUCUAUUGGAUUAGUCUGGUCUCAUUUAUUUAUUUCAAGAAUGAAAUAUCCGUUAUCCCCCCUCCCACACAUACUUAAUUGAAGCAACCGUGUACUUAGCAAUCGUUCUUUGAAUUAGUCUGGUCUCAUUUAUUUAUUUCAAGAACGAAAAAAUGCCUCCCAAACCAUUGGCAAUUGGGUUUUUUUUUAUAGAUUGCUCAAUCGUGUAGUUUUUAAGUUUUUAGAUUGAGAACGGUAGACGGAAAUUUUUUACAUACAUACGUACGAAACUAUUUGAUUGAAUUUGAAAUGAAAUGAAAAGUGAAACUGAAAUGAAAAUUCUAGAUAGCUUUAACACACACACAGAUAAAAAUUAUAUAAGCAGGUAAAUGUUUCGCGAAUAUUUGCACAAAACGAGGCAGUAAUUGUGAUUCAUAACGGUUCAAAACUGUGGUAAAUAAGUAAAAAUAUAUAAGCUAUGGACUACUGACGUCAUUGCUUACAUUGUGUCUAUCUCUACUUCAGAUAGAGCGAGAAAGUUCCUCAAUUUUCAUUUUCUGAUCUUCGCUGAUCAGCCAAGGUCAUAACUUGCAACUGCCAUAAACCAAGAAAAAAAAAAAUGCUCGCACCACAAUUGCCUUUGUACUUAAGCUUUAGUUUUUUUUUUUUGGAAAACAAAAAUUAAAAUCUGCGAGACUCGGCUAACGAGAGUAAAUAUGUAAAUAUGUAUGUGUAAAUUAGCUUUAGUUGUAAUAAAUAAGACACUGGUUGAAUAAUAAAAACAAAAAAAACAAUA